UGAUAGGUAUUGGGGAAGUGGUAGGCGCUACUGUAUGCGCAUUUUAUGAUGUGAUUUGGUUAUGCGUGCUUUAUGUGUAAUAGUGUAGCAUUGUGCUGCAUUUCUUAUUAAGUUGGAGAACUGAGACGAGCAUUAUCGUAAUUUGGAUGGAAGGCAAGUAGUACGUGUUACAUGUGUGUUGGAAGCAUUUAAUAAAUAUGGAUUGUGCAAUUAAACUUGAACAGUCAUCUAGUAGUGAAAGCACUUCAGUGGUCCCCAAAAGUGAUGAAAUCUCACUGAGCAGUGAGCCUAGCACAUCCCUGAAAGAAACUGAAACAACUGAUGACACAAAUAAUCUAAAUGAAGGUCAACAGGCAACUGAAAAGAGUGAAACUGACGCAUGUGCACAAAAUGCAAAUGCCACAAAUGAGAGUAAUACAGAGUCAUGCACAAAUAAUUUGAAUGGUGACCAGAAUGAGAACAGUCUCGCUGGAAAGCCUGUUAAGAGUGAAAGCUCAUGUUCAUCUAAUGUCAUCUGUAAUAUAGAAGCAGAUGUCCUCCCUGUUGUUGAUUCCAAGGCUGAUUACAGAAGCAAGUGCAGUUUAUCAGAAGAUUCUGAGGAUGAUUCGAGUAGUUGGGAAGAUGAGGAUUCAGACAGCAGCACAAGCAAUAGUGAUGAUAGUGAUAGUAGUAGCAGCAGCAGCUCAGUUUCAAGCUCUUCUUUGGCCUCUGGAGAAGAUUCAGAUUUUGACAUCUUCAAUACUGAGACAACCAGUAAAGGGCCACCAAGAACUAGAGGAGAAUUGACAUUAGAUGAUCUCCCACCAAUACAGAAUCUGCACAUUACUGUGCCAAAGAAUGAAUGCUUGGAAAUUGGAACAAUAACAAGUAUUGUAGAACAGCUAGUUGUUAUACAGGCAUACAAGGACACCCCUGCCCUAGAUCUGGACAGUGUGCUAUUUCUGAAGGAAGGAGACCUGAUGUUGGGCCACAUUUUUGAUGUCUUUGGCCCAGUGAAGGAACCAUGUUACUGUGUGAGAUUCAAUUCUCCACAGCACAUUAUAGAUCAUGGUGUGAAAGUUGGCAUGAAAGUGUAUUGUGCCCCAAGUAGGCAAGAACACUCCCGCUUUGUAUUCCUCACUGAACUGUUGCGGCAAAAGGGUUGUGACGCUUCAUGGGAACAUAACAAUGAACCACCUCCAAAUGUUAUGGAGUAUUCAGAUGAUGAAGAGGAAAGGAAGGCUAGAAGAAUGGCAAAAGAGCAAAGGAACCAGGAGAAAGGUGAACCAGAUGAGAAACUUAAUAGGAAACAUCAAACAUACGAACAAAGAAUGAAUGCUCGUAAUCUAAGGAUGUCUGAGAAGCAUUGGAAUCGUCCCUUCAAGACACAACAACCUACAACAGCUUCCAUUUCACAAGCUUCAGCAGCACAUCAUCAAAUACAGAGGCCUGGAAAGUUCCAAGGAUCAGUGGAUGGGGUUCGUCCAGGAUUUCAAAAUAACUUUAGGCCAUGGGGGCCAGGUCCUGGUCAGGUGAAGCCCCAGUGCAAGACCUGGGGCAAUGCACAUCAUCAUGCUCCUAUGCAGUCUCCAAAUAUUCACCUGCAUCUGCAGUCGCCAAAUAUCCAACCACAUCCAUCUAGUUUUGUUAGGCCACCAACCUUUAGCAUGCCAAAGUACAUGCAAAGCCCUCCACCACCUUUCGUUCCAUUCCCAACAACCCUUAUCCAGAAUUCCCAGAACCAACAGCCCAUUUUUGAUAGUAGCAUGCCACCACCACCAGUUCCACAGUCCCCUUGUAAUGUCGAUACUGGUAUUCGUUUAUUUCCUGAGCCCAGUCAUAUGGCUCAGUCUAAUCUCGGUCGUUGUGGAUCUGUUCCACAAGGGUUGCACUUAACAGCUGCAAGUGGUGUCCAUCAUGGUAGCACUCACACACCUCCUACACCUCCACCUCUGAACAGAAGCGAAUCAAUGCCCUCGGUUUUUCCUACAUUGCAACCACCAAAUGCUUUUGUAAGACCAGACACAACAAAACCACCACCCCCUGUGAACAGCCCCCUGUCAUACCAGUUUGGCAGCACAACAUUCGGAAAUCCUGUAGCGUUCUCAAAUACACAAGCUUGCCCUACAAGGCCUAUGUACCAAACACCCCCUCCAGUACUUUCCCCUUGGCUGCUGCCACCACCACCCCCACCACCACCAGCAGCAGCAGAAGCUGUUUCUCAGUACCCUCCUCAACAGAUACAACAAAACCAAACUAAUUACAGUUAUGGAAUGUAGUUUCCUAUUACUAAUUAUUGGUUUAUUUCCACACAAAGUGCCAAGUUACAAUGUAUUUUUAUUUUGAAUUUAGUUUAUAUUGUGUAGAGAUUUUUGUUGUGCUCUGUUAUCUGCGUAAUUGUGUGCAUUUUCAGCUUAUCAGUAAGCUGAAGUAUUUGGAGUCUUUAUUCCAGACUUUUUUAUCUGUUGGUCUUGCAUGUUUUUUUGUUGUGAAGAUGUCAAUUUAACUGUUUAUCUGAUGAAAUAUUAUGCACCAUGUUCAUUAAUAUUAACAGAUAAAUUUAUACAAGAUAUCAGAAGUGUCAUUUGUCUGUUUCGUUCGAACCAGAAGUAGUUUAAUGAAGAACCACAACUGCAAUUUGGUAGUCAGUUUGCUGUCUCUCAUUCAUAAUAUACUGUGGCAUUCUAACUGGUUCUGCAGUCUUUGUUUUGUGUAACAGAAAAUAAGGGAAAUAUUAUAAAUAGCAGAAUUCAUUUCAUGAGAUUGAAACAGUCAUUAUUUUCUCAUGUAUUGUACACUGUUAAUUCUAAGUACCUGUUAAGAUAGCCAAAUGUAUUUGUUCCUAAUUAAAAAAAUCACAUUAAAUUAUCAAAAUUUAGAUUGUAACUUUGCGGUCAUAUAUUUUUCAGGCUCUAUUUAAAACAAAUGUACUUUAAUUGUACAGAUAGUACAAACUAACUAUUGUGUGUCAGUAAAAUGAGCUUUUAUCUUCCUGGCUGCUGAUGAAAGACUGAAAAAUUAAUCAUGUUGAUUUCUUGUAAAUGUUGAAGGCACUGGUCUUACCCAUGCAGUUACAUUUCAUGUUAUCAUUAUAAGGUUCAUGAAUUGUAUCAAAAAUAUGUAACUGUGGACAUACUUGGUUGUAAAUAUGUAUGUAAUAUGCAGAUGCUUUAUUAAAGAGGAUUACUUGCAAUUCAA